UCGACAGGAAACACGAACAGAAUACUGCCAGUUGUCAGCUUUGUGUAAACAGUGAAACCAAUGGUGCAGGGUCACAUGGUCACGGUGGCACACCUAUGAGGCCCUAGAACGGCGCCAGACGCUCAGACUGCAGGUAGAGCAGAGGUCCUGAUCAGGGGCAGGGCGCUGGCUCAUGUGUUCUUGUACUGCACGGUUUCCACGGUCUGUGGCAAUCAUGAAUCGGGAAGAGCAUUAUUUUCCACCGAACCAUUUGUACAAGGAUCCUUGUGCCUUUCAGAGACACCAAAACGAAGACUACAGCCAAAACCCUCCACCUUGUCUGUACAUGAGCAGAGAGGCUCAGUCUGUAUACGUCUCAUCUUCUUUGGGCGCAGAGGACCAAACAAAUCUUACCGACAUUACUUCUUAUAGCAUGUCGACCCGGGAUGAUCUUGCCGUGCCUCAGUUACACUUGUCCCAGACUCCACAGCCACCUCGACAGACAGUAGGGGGUUAUGGAGACUCUCUCGACCUGUGCGGGGAUCCGAACAGAUCCCACCUCCCUUUCCCGUGGAUGAAGUCAACUAAAUCUCAUACGCACAUGUGGAAAGGACAGUGGACAGGCCCUUACAUGGUAGAGGCCGAGGAGAACAAGCGCACGCGGACAGCUUACACCAGAGCGCAGCUGCUCGAGCUCGAGAAGGAGUUCCUCUUCAAUAAGUACAUCUCGCGCCCACGCCGCGUCGAGCUCGCGCUCACCCUGAAUCUCACCGAGAGACACAUCAAAAUCUGGUUCCAAAACCGACGCAUGAAGUGGAAAAAGGAAGAGGACAAGAGGAGAGCCAGAGGAAUGGAUCCCGAACAAGAUUCCUCGAUCACGUCCGGGGAUCUAAAAGAUGAGUCGUGUGUCGCCCUGGGAGCUCAAGCGGAACCACCAUCACCCCUGCACACCAAUCUACCUCCAGCUCCACGAGACACUGCGUAAAACGCCCAAAAAAGAGACAUCCGAGAUUGUGCCAUCAACACAAUCUGGCUCCUGCCAUAUGAAUGGAACUACUUACGUGUGCACAUCAGUAACACAUUGUCCCAUUCUCAUAAUGACAUUAGGUGGUCACAUAUUUUCUACAGGCCUACAUUUAGAUUGGCAGUAUGGCCGAUCCCUGUUUCAAUGUUUGACAUGCAUUUUAUUGGGAUGCAGGAGAAGUCAAUUUCGUGGGAGGUGUUUUUGUUUGACCAAAUCUCAACACUUCGUUUAGCUAAAUAUGAAAACACCAACCAACUAUGAAGACACUGACACUAAUUUAAAUAUAUUCAUAUUUAUAGAUAAAAAAUGGAUAGCCUAUAGUUCCUCAAUUUUAAUAUGUCAAUAAUUUUCAUGAAUCUACAAAUGGGUAAACAUAUCUCCAAUAACAUGCUUCCAAUAACAUAUUUAAAUAAAAUAUUUAUGUUGCUACUAUAUAAAUUAAAAGCAUAUGGGCAAUGUGGCGCCCUAUCAGUUGUUUUAAAUUUGUUGCAUAGACAAGUACCGGAAACAAACAAAAAAGUUACCGCCAAAUAAAGAGUCAUUUUACUGCUCCCAUAACCCAGAGUUUAUUAGCCGAUCCAACAAAACCAAACGUCUCCUAAAGGCACACAGUCAUUUAUUGAUAGGGCUAUUUCGAUAUCGUUUAAUAAGAUUGAGGGACACUGAUUUUGUUACCACGGUUAUGUCGUUAAACAGCAACAAAAACUACACAGCAAUUGCUUUGCCACAGUACAUAGCACAAUUGUCCUGAUCCACGAGAUGCGUGUGGUGUCUAAAGGUUUAUUUUGAGGACAUUUGAUCUAUUUUUUAAGUUUUGCAGAUUUAUGUAAUGAAAACCCCUGAAUGAGGUUGUUAUUUUGAGGCAAAAUUUACAGAAAAUGUUAACCCUUUUCUGAAGUGGUUAUUCUGAAUAAGUUUUAUCUUAAUUUGCCCUUGUCUAUGUCAAUUGUCCUUUUAUUUCCAUAUAU